AUGGAAGCAAGUGUCAACCGCGUAGAUAUGGAACUACUAGCUAGAAGGGCAUCUGGUAUGCAAAGUAAACAAUUUGAGAGCAUCGUAAACAAAAUAAGAGACGAAGUUUUGUCGCUAAAAAAGGAUGUUAAAAGACUGCAGGAAAAGAAAGAACAGCAGGAUGAUAUAAUACACGAUCUCCAAAGACAAUUGAAAGUGUUGGACACAAACAGCGAAACCAUUCCAAAUGCAAGUACUGAUGAUACAUCGAAGAUAACAACGACACAUAAUACAACUUUACAUAAAGGUUCGCAAUUUCCAUUGCAUUCUCUGUUGUCACGUCAACGCCGGGCAGUCAACAAUGUUGCAUUUUCCACCUACCUCUCCCAGUCAAACCAACACAUGACGAAUGAAGCGAUCAAAUUCGACCGGAUUCUUCUCAAUGAGGGGAAUGGUUACAACGCUUACACCGGUGCUUUUACGGCGCCAGUUACCGGCAUCUACCUGUUCUCUUACCAUUUCGAUUCUACGAAGACAACGUUUGUUCGUCUCGUCGUUAACGGCGUAAAUGAAGUGGACGGUGUGGCUAAUGCUCACGUGGUUUCCGGUGCACGUCAGGCACAGUCAAUGGGUGGAAAUACGUGUAUCAUUCAAGUUGUAAGGGGACAGGCAGUGCUCGUUGAAGUGUUCGAGGUUCCUGAUGCAACUAUUAACUCAAGUGAUAACUUUCACUUUUCUACGUUUUCUGGGGUAUUACUGUAUGAAUAA